AUGAUUUUGCGAGUAGUUGAGGAUGGCAGCCGCAGGUUUGGCUCGGUCAUGUUCAACCGAAAUGGCGAGUUGGGAGGACAACUCGAGAACUGUACCUUUGCCCAGUAUGGCACUCUGCUUGAGAUUGACCGGCUAGAAUCGCUACCGGGAGGAAGGACUCUGAUACGUGCCACCGGCCGGUAUAGAUUCAGGGUUGUUACAGGUAGCGAGUACGAUGGCUGUAAGUUCGGACGCGUGGAGCGCCUAGACGACAUACGCAUCCCGGAUGAAGAGAUACUGGAAGCAGAAGAAACAUCAGCUUCAAAUACAGAAGACGACGCGAACCGCCUGAAUACGGCUUCCACCCAGAAAUUGUUUCAAAUCGGGGCCGAGUUUGUGGCCAAAUGCCGAGCGAAUAACGCAUCAUGGCUCAACGAUAGGAUGAUUUCUGCGUAUGGAGAGCCGCCGACAGACCCUGCAACGUUCCCUUAUUGGCUUGCAAGUGUGCUUCCAAUACCUUCAGAGGAGAAGUAUAAACUGUUAUCGGUCACAACAGUUCGGGGAAGACUAAAAAUAUGUGCAAGAUGGGUGGAGCAAGCCGAGAAAGAUAAACAGUUGCUACGGAAGGGUACAAGAACGGGUUUUCACCUUUCAGCGCUUCUCCCAUUUCUGUUCAUGUUUGGUAUCUGGUUCUUACCAACUCUCAUCUCGGUCAUUCUAAACUUCGCCAAUAUCUCAACUCCUAAUACCUCUGCCUUUAAUUCCUCUCCAUUUAGCGUGUCCUUCUCAAUCUUCCCAUUUGGGCUUUCGUUCAGCUAUUCCUCGGGCUCGUUCUCGACUUCGUUUGGUACAGACCAAAACCCCCCGCCAACUGGCUUCGUCUACCCUGGCUUCAACAUAUCGCAAUAUUUUUCCAGGAACUUGCUCCUGGGGGGUAUACUGGUCGUAUGUGUGGCAAGAGUCUUGCGCCGCUUUAUCGAAGUGAUUAACCAGCAUCAACGCACAGCAACACAUGUACAUGAGAGCUCCGCUGAUAGCCCUGCAUCACCAACUCCCGGAGAAAACAGCAACAAUAAUACCUUCACUAGAGAACAAAACUACACAGAGGCGGGAGCGGGGGUCAACAGUACUACCGCUCCUGCGGAUGAUACAAGCUCUGCUGAGCCAGAUGAGUAA